AUGCAUCUCCGUGCAGACGUGAGCGGUGGGAAUAUUUUGUGGGAUAUGGUCCCUCUGGACAAGUACAACACGGCUACGAAAUACAAAUAUCUCGGUCGACCCGAAAAGGCAGCUCUACGACCCGGAGCUUGGAAAGCCGGAGAGCUUGUCAGUGAAACAAAGAUACCUCAAUCUUUGCUGAGAGCAAAAGUAUAUCUCAGUGACUUUGGUCUUGCAACAGAUGCCAAUAAUCAGAUCAUGAAUAAGUGGCAGCCGACCUGGGGAUACUGUGCUCCUGAAAGAAUGCAUAAGUUUCCAGCCAGCUUUGCCGGUGAUAUGUGGGGUUAUAUGUGUAUCUUGAUUAGCUUAUAUUUUCGACAUUCGAUAUUUGAUCGGGGCCUUGAUGCCAUAGUUACUGCUCUUGGCCCGAUGCCUAAAGAGUGGAAAGGUUUGAAAGAGAAACCAGAAGACGAGUGGUAUGAUCAGAAUAUGAGAGUUGAUACUAAGGAAGUAUUGGAACGGAUGUUCAAACUCGAACUUGCUGACGUGAGUACAGCUGAGCGAGGUCAUAUAAUAUCCAUUAUUCUGGCAGUGCUUCGCUAUCGUCCGGGGGAACGCCUUACUGCUACUCAGCUUCUCCAUCAUCCUUCAUUCAAAGCGGUGAUGAAUAUGCACUGGCCCUAG